AUGCCGCCUCGGCACACAGCCCACCACACCACCAAAUCGGCGACAGCUGCGCGGAAGCGCUCUACUCCAAGUCUCUCCAGCAGCAGCGGCAGCAGCAGCAGCAGCAGAAGUCCCUCCCCCCUCCCCCUCUCGAAGCAGGUCCGCGCGCUCGAACGCGCCCACGCCUCGGUCCAGCAGGUCCUCGCCUCCCAGGCCGACCGCUCCUCCACGCUCGCGCGGCGCGUCGAGGAGCUGACCGACGAGCUGGAGCCAGCGGGCGCUGGAGGACAAGUCGGGGCUGGAACGGGCAGGCGAGGCGCUCCGCGCGCGACUCGCCCACGAAAGGCCCUCGAGAGCCGCAUCCACCGCUGCGCCGCGCGGAUCGCCUACGACAUGUUCGAGGGCGAGGAGGAGCGCGCGACGCUGCUGGAGAUACUGAGGCGCUGUCGGGAGACGUUUCACGGGGUCAGAGGGCGCCGCCUGGGCCGCGUCCUCCCUCGCCGGGGCCGGAAGACGGCGACGAAGCGGUGGCUGUGGCGUGCGCGCCCCGACGCGAGCCGCAGUUGCCGCUGA